AUGUCGAAGCGGCUGAUGGAACGGAUGUUGGGGAUGUUCCGGUCCCGGACGCAGGUGGGCACCGACAGGGCCGGCAACCACUACUUCUCCCGCAUCGAGGAGGUCCAUGGCGCCAUGAAGGAGAAGAGGUGGGUGCAGUUCAAGGGUGACCGGGACCCGACCACUGUUCCAGUUGAGUGGAUUUGCUGGUUGAAUGGACAAAGGAAGAAAGCUCCAACACCAGAGGAAUUAGAUGAACUGGAGGCGAGGCAUGAACGUGUGAAGAAAAAUGUUGAGCUUAAAAAUAGCAUUUAG